AUGGGAAGAUCACCUUGUUGUGAAAAAGCUCAUACUAACAAAGGUGCUUGGACUAAAGAAGAAGACGAUAGACUGAUUUCUUAUAUUCGUGCUCAUGGUGAAGGCUGCUGGAGAUCUCUUCCCAAAGCUGCUGGCUUACUCCGCUGCGGCAAAAGCUGCCGUCUCCGCUGGAUUAAUUAUCUCCGACCGGACCUCAAACGCGGGAACUUUACAGAAGAAGAAGAUGAACUUAUUAUCAAACUUCAUAGUCUUCUUGGCAACAAAUGGUCUUUGAUUGCCGGAAGAUUACCCGGUAGAACAGAUAAUGAGAUAAAGAAUUAUUGGAAUACUCAUAUCAGAAGAAAGCUUUUGAAUAGAGGAAUUGACCCUGCUACUCAUAGACCUUUAAACGAGGUUUCUCAUUCUCAAACUCAAACUCAUUCUCAAAUUCUUCAGCUUCAGAACCAGAACCAGAACCAAAACCAGAAUCAAGAAAGUGUAACUAUAGCUGUAGCUGCUGCUGCUGCUGCAUCUGUAUCAACUACUACUUCUACUACUGUUAUAGCCGCUACCACACCCACAUCAAUUAUAUCUUUCGCUCCGUCUAUUAAACAAGAACAAUAUCAUAAUCAUUAUCAUAAUCAUAGUCAUAGUCAUCAAGAGAUGAUGAUUAAAGGGUCGGUGUUAGAGCGGUGUCCGGAUUUGAACCUUGAGUUAACAAUAAGUCCUCCACGGCAACAAGAAUCUGAAGAACAAUUCAAAAACAGAGACAGAAACAACAGCACCAACAACAAUAGUCUCUGUUUUGUUUGUAGUUUGGGUUUACAGAACAGUAAAGAUUGUAGCUGUAACGAGAUUGUUGGAAAUUCUAGCGACGGAAAAGCACCUGCUUUUGAUUUCUUGGGUUUGAAAGCUGGUGUUUGGGAUUACAAAGGCUUAGAAAUGAAAUGA